AUGGCUGAGCAAGUGGCAUUACAACGUAUAUCCCAAUUUGGUUUUCAAAAUCAUUGUAUUGUUGCAUCGGUGCGGAUGGAAGGGGUUCUUGGAAUUUAUUUUUCAUAUGGACCUCCGAUUGCUUCUCAUAUAUCUGAAUUCUGGAAAAAUAUGACUUCAUACGCUCAGGAAUUCAAUGGUCCAAAAUGCUUCAUAGGUGAUUUCAAUGCAAUUGUCUCAAAUGAAGAAAAGUUUGGUGGUCUACCAGUUUUAAAUUAUAAUAUCUCUUACUUUAAUGAUUUCAUUCAAAUGAAUCAUUUGAUUGAUCUGGGUUAUAAGGGUCCUUCUUAUACGUGGACGAAUGGAAGAGAGAUAGAUGGCUUGAUAAUGCAGCGUCUUGACAGGGUUCUAGCAAAUACGGAAUGGUUCAUUAGUUUCCAUAAUGUCGUUGUACUUCAUCUUCCCAGAAUUAUUAAGAAUCCAGCAGCACUGUCAGCUUAUCACCCAAUAUAUCUGUGUAAUGUAUUAUACAAGAUUGUGGCCAAAAUUCUGUCAAAUAGAAUCAAGCCAUACUUGGAAGAAUUUAUAUGUUGGUCGCAAAGUGCUUUUGUUCCUGGUCGUCAGAUAUUAGACAACAUCAUUAUUGCAAAAGAAUUACUUCAUUCCAUGAACAAUUCAGGAGCAGUUAAUGGACACUUUGCACUAAAGGUGGAUAUGGUCAAGGCAUAUGAUCGUGUAAACUGGAGAUUUCUUGGAGAUAUGUUACAUGUUAUGGGAAUUAAUGGAAAAACUCACUUAUUAAUCAUGGCCUGUGUAAUAAGUAUUUCAUUCUCGAUCAACAUCAAUGGCUCUCCCCAAGGAUUUUUCAAGAGUGAAAGAGGAAUUCGACAAGGAUGCCCCUUAUCCCCAUCCUUAUUCAUUAUCUGCUCUCAGGGUAUCUCAAUUCUGAUGAAUCAGUUUGAAUCUCAAGGAUUAUAUCAAGGUUAUAAAAUCAACAGGUGGGCGCCUACAAUUACACAUUUGAUGUUCGCUGACGAUCUGUUCUUCUUUGGUGAGCAUUCCAGAAUUAAUGUACUUAAUAUGAAGAAACUGUUGGAUCAGUAUGCAUCAUUGUCGGGUCAAAUGACAAAUUACAAUAAAUCUGCAAUAUAUUUCAGCAAAGGAAUCUCCGACCUAAGAAGACAAACGACAAUUCAAGACCUGGGAGUUAGAGAAAUGGUUUCUGAUGUUAAGUAUCUGGGGAUUUUUCCUUUAAAAUCAGAUUAUAGAGUUGCAAGCUAUGACUAUCUUGUGGAUAAAUUCAAUUCCAGGUUUCCAGGAUGGAGAUUUCAUUAUACAAAUAUGGCAGGUAGAACUAUUUUAUUAAAAACUAGUCUCUCCUCAAUUCCUAUAUACUGCAUGGGAAUUUGCCUUCUCCCUAAAGGUGUUACACAAGAAAUUGAUAAGAUAAUGAGGUGUUUUUGGUGGGGGCACAACACUGAUGAGAAAAAUUACAAUUCUUCAAUUGGUCGAAGUUUAUUGGAAGUAAGGAAGUAUUUACUGAAUAAUGUAAUCUGGCAGAUCUCGAAUGGGAUGGAUAUUAAAAUUUGGGAUAACCCUUGGGUUCCUCAACUAAUGGAUCAUAUUAUUACUAAACCAGUAGAUGCACAGAUUCAUCUCCAGAAGGUGUCUGAUUUAAUCUUACCCAAUUGUGGAGAUUGGAACUUGGAGUUAUUGGAAGAUAUUUUUUCUCCUGAGGUAGUCGGAAACAUCACCUCUAUCUAUAUCAGUCAUGAUUAUAUAUCUAAGGAUGUAUUGGUGUGGAAAUGUACUCCAUCAGCCAAAUUUGUUCCUAACACUUAUACAACAUGUACGCUGUGUGGCCAAGAAGAUGAAUCGGUAAUUCAUUUACUAUUUUUCUGUGCAAGAGCAAAACUGGUAUUUGAUGCUGCGGGUCUGGGUUCUGAUUUAUCAGUUCGAGAUAUUACUGUUAUGGAAAUAGUCAGGAAUUGUAUUGAAGACGGCUCAACGGAAGAAUUUGUGAAAAGAAUGUGCACUCUGUGGAAUAUCUGGAAAACCAGGAAUGAUAUCCUUUUUUCCCAAGGAAACUUUUCGAUCAGCCACACUUUGAAGAAUAUUAACAAAUAUUUCCAGCUAUGUAUGGAAAACUUCAAGGAAAACAAUGUGAUUCAUGAUAAUAUAGUGCAUACAUGGUCUCCUCCAAACCAGCACUUUAUUAAGAUAAAUGUAGAUGCUGCGUUUAUCCCAAAUAAUGGAGCGGCGGGUGCUAUAGCCAAAGACUGCAAUGGAAGAUUCUUGGUAUGUGCAUCGAGAACCUUUUACUGUACCUCUUCUCUUUUGGCUGAAACAAUCGCAUGCAGACUAGGUUUGGAACUUGGUUUGAGACAUAACUUUCCAAAAUUCAUCAUUGAGGGAGAUGCAUCUAAUGUGAUUGUUGUUGUCCUUGGGGAGUCUAGAGAUAUUCCAUGGUCGAUUAGUUCUGAGGUUCUGAGAAUUAAAGACUAUGCAGGUUUAUUUGAUGAUAUCAAAUUUGAGCAUGUUCGCAAGAGUGCAAAUCAUCUGGCACACAAAUUAUGCCAACAUGUUUUUCAUGAUAAUGUAAAUAAUUGGUGGAAUGCUAAUUAUCCACCCCUUUGUAUCUCAGCAAACCUCAAUUUUGAGGUAGUUCAAUAA